AAAUUGUUAAAUCUCUGACUAGUGGAAUAUGUAUUAACAUCAUACGAUAAAAGAUACAUCACGUCAAUUUCAUGGCAGUUAAACGUAACGAUUUAUUUGACUCCCGGCGCACAAUGUGGUGCUACGUAAUGGAUAUUAAUUCUACACUGCAAAAUGUUAUUCGCCAGUCAGGCUACUUCUGGAUGACAGGAAGGCUCUGGAUGUCGGUUUGCAUUGCGGCUCCCUGAAAUUGAUCCAGUAAAUUGGAGAUGGCGCUGUGUACAGCGUGAGGGAGUUAGCAGCCAAACUUUGCAGAACGCAGGAAAGUUCGCUGGAGAAGAGGCGACCCUCAACUCUAACAAGAGUUUUCCUCUCAAAUUACCCACAGCUUUUCAGUGCCAGGGCGAGUACAGUGGACGCUUUACGGCACGUAUGUGUUCUCUCUUGGAUCGAGGGUGUUUUGAAUGGAUUAUCGGUGUUUUCGGAAUACCUCAAAGUCAGGAACUCACCGUUGCUUACUGAGCCGCUAUAGUCACUGGUUUCAAUGGGGUUUUGCCUUGAGUAUGUGAGUAAACGCGUACGACAGUGUUAUGGGAUUGAAUUGCAACGGUUUUAACAUAUGCGUAUUGUUCUUGUGAUCCGUUACCAAUGUUGGGAUUGUAUCACAUGUUUUUAAAACAAUGAAUGACUUCCGUGACAAGGACUUGACACCGAUUUCGAGGAAGCACCGACUCAUGGCUGCAGCUUUGCCCAUGGAGGAGAAUACAUUGCCGGGCAACGCUUGUAGGUCUGACCGUAACGGGAUAGGAUUAAUAUAUUGCUUUAUUUGUGGCAGUGGUGUCACACCUGGGAAAGAAUUACGACUACAAGUGAAAUAUCAAAGGGAAAACUUUCCUUUCUUCCCGUUUUUGCAAAACCAGGAACCAGCGCCCGGGGCUGCAGAAGUGAGUGCGGAUGGUCAUGCUUUGGUCUGCGCUGUGUGCCACUGCUUUCUAGCAGAGCAGUGGAACUCAUUCGAGCGAAGCAGGACGCCGAUUGAGAAACGCAUGUACUGGCUAAAGAGACCGUACCAGUGUGACUCCAGGCGAAUACCCCAGGAAUGGAACAUCUCAUACGAUCUGGAGCGGAGGAUUAGUGGCAGCAGCCAGAAUUUUGACGGGAAUGAAUCCGACUUCUCCUCUUUUUCUGACAACGACAACAUGUCAGACCAAGAGUUGGACUUAGUUGACAGAGGCGGUCUCAGUAAAGACAAAUGUUUCAGAGUUUCGUCUAACAAUAGCAAAGUGUCUAAGGACGUUGUGAGGAAGUCUAGUUCAAUCAGUGUUAAAAACAGCCCCGACUCUCAGCGGGCGAUCCGCUACCCUGUCAGUGUUUAUGCUGCUCAGGACACGCCGAAAUCGGAUAGUGCUUUGCCGCCUAGGCGCACAUCUAAAAUUAUGAAUCAUGUAUCUCAAUCAACAGUCUCUCUGGCGCAGUUUCAAGAAAGCCUGCCCCAGCGAUGCUUUGAUACCCCUUCUGUCGAGACACCUGUGCAAGACAACGGAAUCAUUAUCCGCAACAAGCAGUGGCUACCGGAGCGGAAUGUCAAACAUCCCGAAUCCCGCCAGCCCGCUGGCGACAACAGCUGUAACGCCAGGCUCCAGUCGCUUCUUUUUCGCCAGAGCCAUAAAGGCGCAGAUGUUGCUGAUGCAGCCUCUGUGCUGUCACCUGUCGGCGCCCACGCUGCUUCUUCUAAACGCGACGCGUCCAACCCGAGGCGCGACGUUGACUUGCGCAAGUACCACGCUCCUGCCGGCGAAGACUCGGACAAUUCAGACAACCACGAGAUCAACAUCACCAGCGAUGACGAACGGGACGUGUUUUACGCUGAGCGCGGCGUCACAGAACACAGAGAGGACGCACCCGCCUCCUCCUCCUUCUCCUCCUCCUCCUCCUCCUCGGUGUCCCGACACCAAAGAGGGGAUAGGCUGUCCUCCAGGUCCCCGACCGGUGGGAGCGGGAACUUCUCAGAGGAGUGUGCCUGCUUUAUCUGUGGGAGCAGGCUGCCCCAGGCCGGCCGCUUUAAAGUGAGUGUCCAGAAGCAGGAGCGUGCGGUCGGUGAGCCUUUCUUCCCCUUCCUGUGGCUGCACAACCCCCCGCCGGGCGCCGUUCCCCUCAGCCCAGGCGGCUCCACGCUGGUGUGUGCCAACUGCCACUCUUCCCUCAUGCAGCAGUGGCAGGGCUUCCAGCUGGCUGAUGUGCCUGUGCUCCAGCGCCUGUACGUGGUGCCCCUCAACACCGGUGCCCCUGGCCCCUUCUCCCCUCAGGCCCAUUUGGGAGAGGAGGCCAGGAGGGAGCCCAAGCCCCAGCAGCACCCUCCUCCUCAUCACUCCCAAGCUUUGCCCCAGGGUCAGCCCGCUUCCGCCACCGCCCACGCAGCAGCCAGGGAGGCCUGCUACCUGUGUGGCCAGGACUGCGGGCGGGAGGUGAAGGUGGCCUACGCCCGAGCUGGAGAGGGCAAAGCCCGUGGCUCCAUGUACUUCCCCUUCAUCAACCUGCUGCCCUGCCCACCCAACGCCCGCGGGGUGCGGGAUGGUCGUGUCCACUGCUGCGUCACCUGCCACGGCAUCCUGGAGGACAUGUGGGCUGCCUACCGGCUGUGCCUGAGCGAGGAGCUCAUCACGUCAGUCAACACCUUCUUGGGGAGAUACCACCAGGCCCUUAACUCUGGAGGCAGCAGCUCCAGUGGGGCUAGUUCAGGCGCAGGCUCUCGCUCCCUGGCCCCAUCUGCUGCCCCUGCUGGGGUCCACACGGGCGGGGGGCACGCCUCCGUCUGCUACCUGUGCGGGGCAGAGCUGGGCAGCGGUGCCGAGUGCCAGAUCCGCGUCAACCCCCCGGGGCGCGGGGCCGAACGCGAGCCCUUCUUUCCCUUCCUCACCGUGCACCCGCCGGCCCCUCGUGCCCAUCCACCUGACGCAACGGGCCUGGUGUCGGCCUGCGCCCUCUGCUACCACGACCUCCUGGGCCAGUGGGCCCAGCACGAGAGCCAGGUGGCCAGCGCCGGGGCUCCGGCCAGCAGCCCGUGGUCGCGGCAGUACAGCUGUGACUCGUUUGUCUGCUUUUUCUGCCGACAGGAGAAGAGGAGGCCCCUGGGCCUGCGGGCGGUGAGGGUGGCACGGCUGCCCGUCUUCCUGUACGCGCCGCGGGUCAGCCGCACACUGGUGGUGGACGACGGCAAGCAGCUGACCAUCGGCUCCUGUGGGGAUUGUAAGGCGGUGGUGCUGGCCGGGCAGAACAUGAAGCCGGACAGAGACAGGAUGGAGAGAGGAGGAGGACUGACACACUCCAAUCAUAGGAAUUCUGUGUUGGAUGACGUGUCGGCCAGCAACAAGGAGACGGAGGCGGGACAGAUAAAGUCGGCAGUGGGGGAAGUGCCAGAGUCAUGCUCUGCCCCGGCAUCUGACCCCAGGGACGGAGCGGCCACUUCGCACCCCGUUGCCCAGGAGACCGAGCGAACUGACUGCCCAAGCAUGAGCCAUGAGCCAAAGUCACCUUCCUUAGGAAUGAUCUCUACGGCAACGCGCACCACGGCAACAGUCAGCCCCCUCACUCCGUCGCCCCUCAACGGCUCCAUCGUGCCCAAUGGAAGCCCGGCAGCCCAGUCGGCCCACUCCGGAUUCGCUGCCGCCCUCCGCAAGCUGGCCAAACAGGCCGAGGAACCCAGAGGCUCCUCCAUCAGCAGUGAGUCGUCUCCGGUCUCGUCCCCAGCCACCAAUCACAGCUCCCCGGUGAGCACGCCCAAGCGAGGCCCCAUGGGGCCGGUCAUCGUGCCCCCGGGGGGCCACAGCGUCCCCAACACCCCACCCGUCGUCACCAUCGCCCCCACCAAGACAGUCAACGGCCUCUGGAGGAGCGAGAGUCGGCAGUCUGAGUCAGGCCAGCGGGGGUCCAGCAGGGACCGUCUGAGUUCCGAGGCCAAUCUCCCCCAGGAGAAAGGGGGCCCCUCCAUUCAGGCACACCUCAUGGGAAGCCCGUACGCCUUCAGCCUCACCCCCGGAGGAGUCAUGUCCGACGCCCGAUUCCAGCCCCUCAACCUGCCCAGGCAGAUGGCCCAUGGAGUGCCCCCUGGUGGUGUUCCUGAGGAGUACCUGCGGGGCUUCCGGCCCUACGCCACGGCUGAAGACCUGCGCAUGCCCUCCCUGCCGCUGGGGCUGGACCCCGCCACUGCAGCCGCCGCUGCGGCCUACUACCACCCCGGUUACCUGCCCCACCCCUCCUUCAACCCGUACAGGAUGGAUGAAGCUUUCUGCCUAUCUGCUCUGAGGUCGCCGUUCUACCAGUUGCCAGGAGGGGGAGCCAUGCCUCCUAUGCAUCCCUCAGCGGUCCCCUUACACCUGCCGGGGGUGCGUUACCCAGGCGACAUGUCCCAUCCUUCCCUAUCCAGUCUACAGUCAGAGCGUCUGUCAGAAAGGCUCCAGAUGGAGGACGAGCUCCGGCGGGAGAGGGAACGCGAGCGCGAGAGGGAGAGAGAGAAAGAGAGGGAACGGGAGCUCGAGCGCGAGAAGGAGCGCGAGCGGGAGAGGGAGCGCGAACGUGAACGCGAGCGUGAAAAAGAGCUGGAGCGCGAGCGUGAACGCGAGCGAGAGAGGGAGCGCGAGAGGGAGAAGGAGAGGGAGCGCGAGAGAGAAAGGGAGAGGGAGCGCGAGAGGGAGAAGGAGAGAGCGACGCGGGAGAGGGAGAAGGAGCUCCAGAUGUCCAAGGCCAUGGAGAGCCACUACCUCGCCGAGCUGCACGGUCUCAGGGGACAGGAGGAGAGAGCCAAGCCCGGAGAGAGACUCACCCCCAACAGAGCCGAUAAAACCAAAGAGUCCACACUGGCCACUCCCAAGCCUCUGCAGCCUGGACUGCACGCCUCCAUGGGUUCGGCCCAUCUGGGCGUACCUGGCCUGGUUCCCUCCCACGGCAUGUUCCUGGGGCCUCCUGGGGCCCAUGGCCCUGGGGUCCUCACGGCAUUGAUGCUGCAACAGCGCAACAACGAGGAAGAGCGCUGGCUGGCCCGCCAGAGGAAGCUACGGCAAGAGAAGGAGGACAGACAGUACCAGGUGUCUGAGUUCCGUCAGCAGGUACUGGAGCAGCACCUGGACCUGGGCAGACCCGGAGAAGGCGCUGAUCUGAGGAUAGAAGGACACAGACCUGUGUCAAACCACCAUGAUUCGGGCGGUCGUGACGGCCGGGACUCCCACCCUCACCUGGGUGCCCCUCCGCCCCUCAUCUCCCCCAAACCCCAGCCUCGGGAGCACGGACCCCCACACCACCCGCCGCCCCCAACCACCCUCUGGAACCCGGCCUCCCUCAUCGAGAGCCCGUCGUCCGACUCGCGCCGCGCCAUCGCCCACGACCCACCCGAGCUCAGCCGGCCCCACUUCGACAUCAGCCGGCUGACCUCCGCACACCUACCCCAAGGCUCCAGCAAUGGCUCCUCCGGCAAGUCCGAGAGGCCGGAGGACGGGCCCCGCGGCGGCAGGAAGGAUGGCCUGGACAGAUACCCCCACAUGCGGGGGCCGCUGACGGGCGGCUGCUUCCCGGAGCCGGGGGCCUACCUGGCCGAGUUGGAGAAAUCCACGCAGAGCUUCCUGAGCCAGCAGAGGUCGGGAGUGAGCCUCACCAGCCAGUACGGGGACCUCAGCGCCUCACUCAAAGCCGCCGCCGUCGCCGCCGCUGCAGGGGGACCCUUCAAGGGCCUCCUACAGGGGCCCCCUCCGCCGCGGCUGGGGCCCGAACCGGCGCUGGUGUUUGACGAGUUCUUGCAACAGCACAGGAGGCCCGUCAGCAAACUGGAUAUGGAGGAGAAGAGGAGAAGAGAGGCCAGGGAGAAAGGUUAUUACUAUGAGCUGGAUGACUCGUAUGAUGAGAGUGAUGAGGAGGAGGUGCGGGCCCACCUGAGGAGGGUGGCAGAGCAGCCGCCCCUUAAACUGGACGAGUCCACUGAGAAAGUGGACUUCCUUCGGCAGUUUGGCCUGACCACGCUGUCGCGGCGUGACGAUCUGCUGCAGCAGAAGCGGCGGAAGAGGCGGCGCAUGCUCCGCGAGCGCAGCCCCUCGCCGCCGGCCGUGCAGAGCAAGCGGGCCGCCGCCGGCAGCCCCGUCUCACCCGCCAGCCAGCUCAGCACGCGCUUCACCCCUGAGGAGAUGGACAGCACGCCCCAGCUGGAGGACAAGAUCCGAUUCCUCACCAUGUUCAGCCUGUCCCACGUCAGCCAGGAGCAGAGGAGAGAUAAUGAGCGCGUGGUGGAGCUCCUGCAAGCUAUCAAACAGAAAAGUGUGACUCUGGAUACACUGCGACACAACUCCCAGCCACUGUGCAAGAGCCCCUCUGCCUAUCACUCUGACUCCGCCUCCGCCCAGACACCAGCCGAGUCAGAGGACGCUCACGGUGCCAGGCCCCCCAGCCCCUCACUCGCCCCUGGGGGUCGCACCCAGCCGGCCGAUCCCGCCGCUACCCUGGAACAGCUCAAGCACUCGGCAGACCCCCUGAGACCUAAAGACCCCAGCCUGUCCUCCGCGCUGCCCGACAAGGCCAGGGGGAGCGACGGUCCCUCUGCCAAGAAGUCCUCCAGCCUGCUGAACAGCAUGCGGCCCCCGCCGCACCCCAAGGACGGCCCGGCCAGCCUCAACGGCAGGGUCAAGCCCUGGGAAAGCUUCACGGCCGAGGAGUUCGCCCAGCAGUUCCAUGAGUCUGUGCUGCAGUCUACCCAGAAGUCCCUGCAGAAGCACAAAGGGGGCACCUCUGUGAUCUCUGAGCCCAACCACGCCCUGGACUCCUCAGUGCACUACAACAUUCCAGAGCUCCAGAGCGCUCCGGGCCGCUCCGCCUCUUCCUCAUCCUCCUCCUCCUCCCACCACCCUGCCCAUCCCCAUAGCCACCCCCACCCCCACCCCCACCCCCACCCCCACGCCCACGCUCACGCUCACGCCCACGCCCAUGCCCACACGCACCCGCACCCACACUCGCAUUCGCAUCCCCAGCCCAACGGCCCUCCCUGUCCCAUACCGGGUCCGGAGCCCCGCAACGAGCUCUCAGCCGACGAGGACUCCGACGACGAAGAGUAUGAGGAUGAGGACGAGGCUCCUACGCCCAAGUGGCAGGGGAUAGAGGCCAUCUUUGAAGCCUAUCAGGAAUACAUUGAAGAGCAAGGCAUUGAAAGGCAGGUCCUGCAGAGCCAGUGUAGGAGGCUGGAGGCCCAUCAUUAUAACCUCAGCCUGACAGCGGAACAGCUCUCCCACACCAUGGGGGAGCUGAUGGCCCAGAAGCAGAAGCUAGCCUCCGAGAGGGAGAAGCUGCAGGCGGAGCUCGAGCACUUCAGGAAGUGCCUGUCCCUGCCACAGACCCACUGGUCCAGGGCUCACUUCAAGGGCUACCCCCCCAGGUGACACCCUUCCCCAGCCCCAGCCUACCAACCGCACUCCCACCAACCACCCCAACGCCACACUCCUGCCCCCAGCCCUCUGACCUCAACCAAGACAUGGCCCCCCAGGAUGGAGAUGGAGAGAGAAAGAAAAGAGAGGGAGGGUAGACGGUGCGGAUUGGCCACACAGGAAAGGACCGAAGCUGGAGAGAGCUACCCAUGCCACUGACCAACACCUAGGGGGUCAUAAUGAGCAUGUAUGUAAAGUGAUCAAAACAGUGGAGUGAUCAUCUGGGACUUCACUGUCUAUAUAUGCCCACUCAAAAAACACACAGACACACUCGUGUAUGCUUUGGGGUGGUGGCUCUAUGUGAUGCUGUUUAUACCUCUGCCCCAGCUAUGGCACCUACCCUUAGGGCUUCCCCCUUUGAACCUAAAACUGAAUAAUAUGGGAGAAACCGAUCCAAAAUGGAGGUCCCAUUCCCUCUCCCAGCAUCAGCCCUAGCCAACGCUACCCUGUUUAACACCAGGCCUGUGUCUGCCGCCCCCUGUUGGUCUAAACAAGCUUUCAACUGGAAAUGCACUUAUAUGAGAAACCCUGAAGAACUACGAACUACCUGGAGGUACUGUGUAACAACAAAGGAACUCUUUUCAAAUUAGGGAAAGAACUUACCAGAAAAAAGAGAGAAAUGCACACUUUUUGGAAAGAAUAAAGGAAAUGUUUUAUUUCAAAGUACAAAAAUUGAGAAUAAAAUUUUAAAAAGGUGCUUCGGCCUUGUAUUGUAAAUAAUAUUAAAAACAAAAAAAGAAUUUUGUAUGUUUUUAUUACUUUACUCAUUGUUGUUUGAGGAAAAAAAAGAAAAGCCUGCCAUUUUUAUAUGUUAUAGCUUUUGUUUUUAAUUUUGGGCAAAGAGGAACCCUUGCUUUUAGUGUGUACUGCUGCUGGUCAGGAUAAAAGCAUUUUGAGAAGGGUCUGGGGGCAGAAGAAAACAAAAGAAAAGAGGGUGAGUUGAGAUGGCUUCUCACACUUUCUUUUCCUGCCCGUACUGCAAAACCCUCCAACCCCACUGACCGCUCCAACUUCCACUCUGCCCAGAGGGUUACUCUGGACCUUUAUAUACGUAGCUUCCUGUCUUUCACACGAUUGGAUGAAUACCCCCUCUCUUUCACACGAUUGGAUGAAUACCCCAUACCCCCACCUCAGGCUCCAUCCAGUGAGUUGUUUUGCGAAGCCUGUUCGCCCACUGCCACACGUCCGCCCUAGGGUUCUGGAACACCCCUGUGUCGUCAUGGACUUUGCUUUCUUUGAGUUGUUCUUAAUUUGCCUUUUUGCCAGGGAGCAGCAUGCCUCCCCUUCAUGUGUGACACGUAUGGCGCUGUGACCCGUUCAUGGUAACCUCCAUUCUCCAUUUUGUUUCGCUAUGUUCUAAAACCGUGUGCACACAAGGCACCUGGUUUGAGACCAGGUGGAGAGAUGUGUGUGUGCACUCAUUGUUAUUUUCUUUGGAGUUUGGGGGUUUUGUUAUGUUGAGGAUUACCCCUAUCAAACGGUAGCCUGAUGGCACUUGAACAAGGACCUUGAUAAACUAAUGACCUGGCCUAAAAUAUACCAAGAUCCAAAGUAUGUCCUUUUUUUUUAUUUGUUGAGUGAUGCGCAUAUGAGCACUGUAAUUGUUUUUUUGUUUUUUUAACCUAUGUUGAGUACCACUUGUCACCAUGCCCAUGUUUGCCAUAGAUGGAAAGUUGUGCCAAAUGACCCAUUAACAUACAGGACCAUAUUUCUGUGAGCAUUCAUAUCGCAUCGCACAUUCAUUCAUUCAUUCAUUCAUUCAUUUACAUGAACAAAAUAUGCCCAUAGAAUAGAGUGGGUAUAGUAUGCAUUGCCAGACAUCCUUUUAAAUUUAAAUUGUAACUGAACAGGAUGGCUUUUCCCGUUAUAGCGAAGCUCUUCCCAUGGCUUCAUUACGCUUUUAAUGGAGAAUUGCCAUUUAAAAAAUGCCAUUUAGUCUUGAACAAAACAUAACCUUCCAUAUGGAAAAUAGUUCAUAAAAAAUUAUGAAUGUCAAAAUUGGUCAUCGACACAAAAUGUACCAUUUGCCAUUUGGUUAAUGUACCAUAUCAAUUUGAGGGGUACUUAUUUGCCAAGCUUCUCUUGUCUCUGUAAGACAGUCCAUAUAUUGAAGCUAAAUUGUUAUCCCUUCCCCUUUAUGCCUGAGGAAAACAUAACAAACACAAAGGCCUUAACCCAGUGCCAGGAACUUAAAUACAAUAAUCUUUGAGGAGAAAAAAAUAUUAUUUUGUAUGUUUUGGGGGAAAAAAACAUCAUAUUGUUUUUUUUGUACUAUUUUUCUUCACAAUUUUUUUGGUGCAAGACACACACCACAAUCACAGAAUAAACCAUAUGUAUGCAUGUAGGCCUGAAGCCUGGGCUUACCAUCCCUGCUUGAUAGACAGAUUCCUAGCCAGUACCACCCAAACAGCCAUGCCGAAAACCGUUUGGUAAUAUCCACAUAGUUAGCCAAGCACUCUGCCUCUAUCUUUUGUACGUUUGUACCUGCUUUUAACUCUUGGUUAGCAGGUCAUUAUGUCCACUGGUUGGCAUGUCCCUCUGCCUAUAGAAGCAUAGAAGCCGUUGACUGUAGCACCUUGUCUCUACUGUUUCCAGUGGUGUUUUCUUUCCCUCGACCUUGAACACAUUUUCAUCCCAAACUCCCCCCCCCCCCCAUCGAGACUGCUUAGAAGUAAGAGCGCAGCACUCGUCUCACAUCCAGCUUUUCCCCCAGUUGAUCUGCCACCGACCGAGGAUUAACGGAGGGCCAAGCUAUAAGCAGGUGAAGCACAGGACUGCUCCCUUCCCCCAGAAACCCCCAGGCUCUACCACGUCAGUCAUGAUUCCCAGAGGUACAGAGGAGUGCCAGGUUUGGAAGUGGUACCAUGUUUACAGACCCAAAGGCUGGCCCUAGCAUCGACUGUCCUACCAUAGCCCAUGUUGUCCAGGUGGAGGGUAGAGUUUCCCCCUCCUCCCCUCUCACACACGCACAUGCCCAACGGAGGAUGUCUAGAUGCUGUGAAAUCAUGAUUUUUUUUUUUUAUGUACUUGUUUGAAUUCAUUGUAAUGUAAUAUAUUAUUUGUUGAAUGUAGUAAUUAGGUAUUUAUGAAUAUAUUGCUGUAAUUUCAGACAAAAAAAUAAAAUAUUUGAAAAUGUA